UUUACCUUGCAUGCGUUGCACUUUCUGGGCCGUUUAGCGUGGUGUUCAUACCCUCUUUUUCCUCCCAUUAGCAGCAAAUAACCAGUAACGAGUAACAAAAAUUGUUUUACGAAAAAAAAUAUGCACUGCCUAAAGAUGGCGACGGGCUACUUGUGUCGGAAAGAGAGGUAGGGUAGUUGUUUUUUCAACAAAAAUAUAGAAAACAAUAUAGAAGUGGUGCAAAUUUCAUAAACAAGAGGAGCUGGCUGUGUGUGCGUCGCAAACCGUAGUGAAAGACGAGCAAAAGCAGCGUCGAGAGAGUGAAGUGAAACUAAUACAAACAUUGGCAUGUUAGUGGCGAGAGUGAGCAACAAGUGUCUAAAAAACAUAUUGUGGUAGUAAAAAAUGUUAGGAAAAGCCAUCAGCCCACCUGGCUACAGGUAUAUUGACUGCAUCUGCCAUAAAUAAACAGGCAAAACUGGUAGAAAAGAGCAUUUCCAACCAAGGAACCGAGUCUCGCACACGUAACCCUGUGUGUGCGUAGCACGGAAGCUGUUUCUUGGCUUGGGCUGUGGCAGUGCAACGCCAACAAAAUCGGAAUACUUGUUCGUAUCGGAUACGUGAAGCAUUAGCCAGUAGAGUAAAUAUUCCAAAGACGUCGGGUACGUCACUGAAGAUGGACAGCACAUCUGGAGCUGGAUCUGGAGCCGGAGCUGGCAGUGGUUCAAGUGGCAGCAUCGCCGAUGUUUGCCCCUGCUCAACGGCGGCUGCCACCGCUCACAACGAACAGCCGCAGACCAAGAGACAGAAAAUUGAGAAGCAAAUCAAAGUUGGCUCCAAGUCAUUGCCCCCCCCGCCACCGUCACCGCCGGAUAUACUAGAUCGGCGGGAUGCCCUAGAUGCCAAUAGCAACAACAAUAAGAAUCAUCACCUAUGCUCAUCGCUGUCAUCGUCCUCCACGCACUCGCUGUCCACACCCAGCAGCACCAACAACUCACCCACAACGACGCCAUGCAGCUCGAGGGCAACCUCCUAUGCGCAGCUGCUCAGUGUACAGAGCUUAGUCCACAAUAUCUUGCCACAAUCCGAGCUGCAAACCGACCCAGAGGCCACGAAGGAUGAAGUGGACCGCGCCGCAAAAUUGCCAGCACUGCUGACCAUAACCACCGGCAGUAGCAGCAGCAAUAGUAGUUGUAAUAUUAGCAAUAGGAGCACCUGCAUUGCGUCGGCUUCUUCAUCGAUUGAUGAUAUGUUGGAGUUCGAGCAAUCACUGACGCGCCAGUGCCUGUGUGGUGUUUCGGAGCGAACGCUUCGUAAGCCGUUCCAGUCGCACUACUCGCAGGACACAAACGGCCAGAAACGGAUCGCCUACCUUAGGGAGUGGCCCACCAACAAGCUGCUGCAGUUCCUGUCCAAUCUGCAGCUGCUGUUCGACAUCUACUUGAAGCAGAAUGCCAAGGGCUUCAUUUGUACGAGAAUAAUGGACGUUUGUGAUGCCCUCAUUCGGAACGACAACAAGCUCAUCGACGAGAUCAUCGUGCUGGCUGGCUACAACAAUUCCUAUGUGCAAUUUCUGGCGGGACGUGUGCUAGCCGCAUUUCUGGUGAUUGCUAAACAGGAACUGAAUGAUGAGUGGCUGCAGAAAAUCGUCGACCAGCUCUUCAAUUUCGAGCUUCUCGACCAGGCGGCGGUGCAAAAGAUCCACUUUAGCCUGGACAUUAUCAAGCGAAUUGUCGAAUGGAAGGAUAUAGAGACGCAUCCGUUGGAUGAUGACUGGAUGACGAGUACCACGGGUGUUGCUGGUGCUGCUGCGUCGUCCAUUGCCGUGCCAGCGGAUGCCGCUGUAAGCUACAUGCACUUUCCAGUACAGGACCAGCCGCUGGCGACCAACUACUUUGCUCUACAAUUCAGAGAGGAUGCAGCGGGCGAUGCCGAGAGGCAGAGGGAGCCUGAAAGCAGGGAUAGAGAGACGGAGAGGCGCAGGCGGAAUGGCGGCCUGUACGAUGAUGAUUCGAUAAGCCCGCACCCCGCACAACCCGCAUCCGUACCCGGCGGCUGUCACGUGGUCACUCUCACCGACUCCGAGAGCUUUGACACCACACAUCUAAAGUGCAUCACGAUACAGAAGCUAGAGCACAAGUGGCCCACGCUGGUGAAGAACAUGUCGGAGCUGAUGGCUCCCACCCACCAGGACACGGCGGAGCACUGCGUUCUCAACUUUCUGCAGCUGUGGGAGAACAUCAUUUCGGUCAAGGCCAAUCUGUCCAUCGACGAGACAAGACCCUACUACGCACAGCUGGACAAGUUUGAGCUCCUGCUCAACCACAGCCUGUCGUGCACCGUGUACAAGCAAAUGCUGUGCCUGUUCAAUGAGGCGCUGUGCUAUGGCUCCACGCUAGCGCUGCAGGACAUGCUGCCCGAAGAGACCUGCAAGCUGGCCCACCAGAUCGUGUGUCAUGUCCGUGGGUUUCGCAUACUCGAAUCAUUGCCGCGACGCCAGCCGGACAAUAUGGUUAGCCUGAUUGGCUACAACGGCACACCCCUUGUUUAUGCGAAUGGUGCCAUCGCCAUAGCGACGAUGGCGCGAUCGGCGGAUGCUGCAGUGCAAGAUGCAGGCGAGGAUGGGGCGCCAAUAGAAAUGGACAAGACGCUGCUGCAGAAGAUGGUGCUGCUGGUGCUAAAGUCAAUUGCGGUGACAGUGAAAGAGAUCCGCAGCGAUUCGUCCGACUCGUCCAUUGACUCGAGCGACUACGAUGCAUUCCAGGACAUGAUGCUGAUCGAGCGCUCCAUUCGGGAUGUGCUGAGCAAGCUGGAAACGUUCAUCAAGCAGACCCUGGAGUUCCACCCGGAGUGUCAUUUCAGCAAGAUACUGAUUCACCUAUUCGACGACCAGGACGAUCAUUUGAUUGAGGCCAUGGUCUGCACCCUGGACGUGACGUCGGGCAUCUCCUUUCGCAACAAUGCCUUUCCCGAACUGGUGGCCAUGCUGAACCCUGUGUAUACGUUUCUGGAGUUCCUCAAGAUGACUUCGAAUAGCUCGGACCUGCUGCUGGACCUGCUGGUGAGCAACGAGACCUGCUUCCUGCUGUAUCUGCUGCGCCUGCUCAAGUACAUCCGCAUGAACUGGACCAUGUUUGUGCACAGCUGCCACAGCUUUGGCAUGGGCAACGCCAUGCUGGACGAGGCCAUGGGCGUGUUGAUCAGACUGCGCCUGCAGAUAUCGCGCCUCGUCUCCCGCCAGCUCUAUCCGUAUGACAUAUCGCCGGUGCUGCGUCUGCUGGAGAGUUGCGAGAGUCUCUACGAGGGUAACGAGCUUAGUUAAAUGCAACGGAAUAAACACCUGUCCUGUCCUUUCCUGUUUAACCACAUGCAAUUAAAAUACGUAAUUUAUUUUAAAAUUUAAUGUAAUAGGAGAAGCUAGCGCAAAAAUCGAUAAAGAAGAAUCCUUGUAGAAUAUCCUUGAAGUGUACUAGAUCUAAGCCAUAUCGUGCCCCUGCUGAUUGCAGCCCAUAUUCCAUAUAACUAUCUCUAAAUUAACGUUCCGUUCCGACUCAAUAAUCCAAUACGAUACGAGUAUAAAUAUGUCAUUAAGUUUUUUGUACACCCUGUCAUCCGCUUUGAAGAUCGACCUAACAAUCUAGAUACAUAAACGUAUGUAAUUGUCACUGCAAUGAGCAUGACAAGAUUGUAGCUAGCUCGUAGUUAAUGGUAAUGUUGUAGGUACUGAACUCCAAACUAAGCUGCACGCUAGCCUAAGAUUGUUUUAAUCUUGCCUUAAGUAGAAUAAUGUACCAUAGUAAUCGGCACGAUGGAUGGAGGAAAAUACAUUUUGCUCGUUCCGCCGCUCGCCGCUUGUGCAAUUCGGGAAACGUGUGUACAAAUUUUUGGUGUCUUCGCGAUUGCAUCGGCGGGUGCGUUUUAAAAUACUUGAAUAAUACUAUAGUUUAAUGAAUUAAUUAACUAAUUAACUGAUUAAAAGAAACGCAUUAAGAACAACAAAAAACAACACACA